AUGCGAACUCAGCUCCGCGCACUGCCUUCGGUGUUCGACGUUUUUGGAAAGCGAGAAGCAGUGGGCGUGCAAGUUUCCGAGGAAAUGCUUCUUGGUCGUGAAGAUGAAGCCGAACAGGACCAGCUGCGGCAAAAGGUGGAGAAGAGCACGACUAAGAUGGCAACAGCAAAAGCGAAGGCGACAGUGAUGAAGCGGGCUCCAGCGGGCGGAGCCAGCAACACCAGUAGCAAGGCGCGCCGUGUUGGUGCAGCAGCAGCCUCGAGCACUCGCGAAUCUUCAUCGAAAAGCGAAGAAGACGAGUUGUCGGGAGAGGAGCUAGGUCUGAGUAUCGUACGUGGGGCAGCAGCUCUACCAGACUUUUUUGGAGAUGCCGUCACACAAGAGCUGCGCGCUCUUCUUACAGAUGUGUCGACAUCGGCGGAGGUUGACACUCUUCGUGAAUUUAUGCGCAAGAAGCUGGGACUCGGCGCUGACUCUUUCGGCAAGACUCUCUCACUUGCGUUUCCGACGCGCCUCCGCAAUGACGAAAACUGGAGUGAAUCUUCGGCCGAGGCGCGACACGCCUUUUUGGACUCUGGCUGGAUCAAGACGCUGAUGACGGCGGAAGCAGCGAGAAAGCUGAAAAUUGAAAAAGCAGAAAACGCUCAGAAAGCGAACAACAAGCAGGAAGCAGUGGAAAAAGUAGCCGGAGGAGCAGAAUACGAAAGCAGUGACGACGAAACAAGUGAUAGUGAAUCUUUAGCCGAGCACGCGCAGGCGCAAGAGAAUGCUGGAUCACCGGAUGCACAACCGCGCCAGAAAGGAGAGCGCCUUCUCCCGUUCGGAGAUUUUUCGCCGGAGCGUCGAACCAAGCCAAUGCUCGCUCGUCCGGCAACACCCCAGAAAUCGCCGGCACGCGCAGCAUCAUCGCGCACUCUGCAGGCUGCUCUUGCGCCGCCUGCACGACCGAGCGCGGAAGUCGCCAAGCCUGCCGAAAGUAUGCGCCAGCAGACUCUGGCCGAACUCGCAAUCGCUUUGGCGGCACUCCGCCGACAGUGCAAGGCGUGCGCGUUCCUUGCGACCGCUGCAAAACUCUUCAGCUACGACUCCGCUGCGACUUCGUGCGCGUCGUGUGGUGCCACUGCUGUCGAGGAAGGCUACGGCGUCUUGCAAGCGUGUGCUCACGUGUACUGCCGCGAGUGUGCAGACAGGAAGCUCAAGCGCGGCAAAAAGUUGUGCUUGACUUGCGGAGAGAAAGUGCCAAAGCUAGCGACCCCGUUUAUUUGCUUCGCUCCGCCAAAGCCGGACCACGAGCGCGAACGUGAAGACUAUCUGAUGGUAUUAUCGCUCGAGUAAUUUGGUGGAACUAGAAGUACAGGAUGGUGUAGAUGCAAAACCAUUUAUCGGGAAUCAUGUUUGAUGUUCGUUUUGAGUUUCAAUCAGCACUCACACGAAGCUUCGUCGUUGGGGGGAUCUUUAUUCCUAUGAAUAUAUACUCCUUUUCAGGGUAUCGCCAGCCCAAAGCGGAGCGGAGAUGCGCUUGUCGUUGCUCCGUUAACGUACGACCAGUUUGGGUCUAAAAUCCAGUGCAUGUGCGAUACUUUGCGAGAGAUCAAGAACAACGACCCGAAGAGCAAGGCUAUCGUUUUCUGCCAGUGGCCAGAUCUCUCGAAAAAAAUUGGCAACGCGUUCAAGCACUUCGGCUUCAAGUAUCAAGUUCUGAACAAAGGCAACGCACUGGUGCAAAACAAGAUCAUCCGCUGUUUCCAGCGAGAUGAGGCUUGUGAGGGCGGUGAGUCGCCAGAGAUUCUUGUGAUGAAUCUCGAAAAGUCCGCGUCUGGUGCGACGCUUACGAGGGUACUACGAUUGCGUACCCUGUUGCCUCAUCUUUCUUCGACUUUGUUUUUGUGUAGGUGUGCAACGUUUUACUCAUCGAUCCACUUGCUUCGUUGAGUUUUUUUUUUCCGAUCACCAUAGCCAUAUCUCGUGAAAGUGAAAUUGACGCUGAAAAUAGUACUUCAGCUUGCUAGCUCUAAAUUUUAUCUCUGCCUCGGCACCGUACGCAUACUUCAGCAUUCCUCGUUGGUCUUUCUAAAAGAAGACGUAUCACGUUUUUUGUAGCAUAACAAGUCAAAUCCUCCUGAUCCAGUACCUUCUCAGGCUUCGCAUGUCCUGUUCGUCCAUCCGAUGGUCGCAGGAUCAGCUGAAGCGGCCCUUGCCUACGAGGAGCAAGCAAUAGGACGAGUGCGCAGGAUGGGACAGCCCAAAUCUGAGAUCCAUACUUAUCGCUUUUUUACGAGGGCAACUAUUGAGGAGGAGUUGCACACCCAACACGCACAUCUCAUCGAAAAACGCCAGCAGAAGCAGAAGAGGAAAGCAAGCGCGAUGCAGGACGACGACCCCAUGGACGUCGCCGACCAAGAGGAUGACCUUAUGGCGGACUAAGUAGAAGAUGCAGAACCGUGCUAGUACAACUAGCAUGAUAACCAUAACGGCGCAGUUGAAGAGGACUUCAACAAAAAAAAUCGGUGAACAGAUCUCACAUACACUACAGUGACAGUGAGUGAAUAGGUCAUGAUAUUACACAUACAUGUGGAUCAGUAUGCGGAAGAAUGAAGAUCGAUCAUCAAGAUUCAAGUAAGUAUGUAAGUAACUCGAAAUAGAAAAAGAUGCUAGCCAUCAACAUCAACAUUUUUGUCAUAGAAACCAGGGUGGCUAGUCAGAAAAUUUCCUUGAGCUUUGUUUUAUCUAAGGAGGCGGUACAAACAUUUAUCUUCAUAGACUGAUGCUGUUGUUGAUCCACAAUAAGGAGCUUCCAAAGUAGAGGCUACUCUAUGUUUCAACUAUUCAACACGACCGAGAGGUCACAAUGAACCAUAAGAAUAUACAUAAAUUUCUAACACGGUCACAACCAACAUGAUUGAUGUGCGUGGCUCUUAAUGUUCCAUCGUCCUCGGGAGGUAUUUAUGUGUGUAAUACUAUUCAAAAUCGAACCAAUGUUUUUAAUUUUAAUCCCGAAGAUAAAUACCAUUUUGCUUUGCGACUAAAGUUUAUUGUUGCAUACGCAAUCCGUCGUUCUUCUCUACAAGCCAUAUGAUGUUGAUCUCUUGUUCCUUGGACAUAAAACAAAGUAAAUUAUCUGCAUUUCGCACCAUUGAGUAAGCGUCUUGAUCCCUGAUACUACAAGUGUCAACUGAUCGUCGAUAGAUAUAUUUCAAAUAUAUUCCCGAAGAUCAAAUCCGUUUCGUUCAGCCCCCUGACCAUAAUAGAUGAACUCAAGUUUCUUAGCUGAACUUAGACACAGACACAGACACUCUCACUCUCUCAGACAUGGUUUUGAUUAUCGGUUAAUAGAAGUUAUUCACUUGUUGUAGCCCACUCCCACAUUGAUUCCCCGAUAUUACUUUGACUUGUCCUUUUCUUCGGCCCAGUUACCUUCCCUAUGGUACAAAUAGACUGAACUCUAGCUGCAUUCAGCAUUGUCAAUGCAUGAUGGAUUAACGACUUGAUUGUAACAUUUAUUCUCUCAACGUCUAUUGACACUGACAGUCCAUUAGUCUACUCCUAGCAUUGGAAAAAACCAUUAUGAUGUAGUAAGUAGAUUCGGUCUACAGAAACCACACUCAUCCUCAUACACAGACCCAAGGCAUCCUCAGAGAGCUAUCUUUUUCAAACAAGUCAAAAAGUUACAGUUCGUAGCGUAAGAAGUUACCACAACCUCGGACUUCCACAGUCUAUUUCAUGGCCCAGC